GGGCUCCCGGGACCAGCCCCGCGCAGGGUAGGGCGCCGAGCGCGGUACUGAGCUGCGGCUCUGGCUCCAGCUGUACAGCGGGUCUCCGCGCGCGAAUUCCGACCAGCAUGGCGGUGGAGGAAGAGGGGCUCCGGGUUUUCCAGAGCGUGAAGAUCAAGAUCGGUGAAGCCAAAAAUCUUCCCACUUAUCCGGGGCCAAACAAGAUGCGAGAUUGCUAUUGCACCGUGAACCUGGACCAAGAAGAGGUUUUCAGGACCAAAAUCGUAGAGAAAUCACUCUGCCCCUUCUAUGGAGAAGACUUUUACUGUGAAAUUCCUCGGAGUUUUCGUCACCUGUCAUUUUACAUUUUCGAUAGAGACGUUUUCCGGAGGGAUUCAAUCAUAGGGAAGGUGGCCAUUCAGAAGGAAGACUUGCAGAAAUACCAUAACAGGGACACGUGGUUCCAGCUGCAGCAUGUCGACGCGGACUCAGAAGUGCAGGGCAAGGUCCACCUGGAGCUGAGGCUGAGUGAGGUCAUCACGGACACUGGCGUCGUCUGCCACAAGCUGGCCGCGCGCAUCUUCGAGUGCCAAGGCCUCCCUAUUGUGAAUGGGCAGUGUGACCCUUACGCCACUGUGACACUAGCAGGACCAUACAGAUCGGAAGCAAAGAAGACGAAAGUGAAAAAGAAGACCAACAACCCACAGUUUGACGAAGUGUUUUAUUUUGAGGUGACCAGACCCUGCAGCUACAGCCGAAAGUCCCACUUUGAUUUUGAGGAGGAGGACGUGGACAAACUUGAAAUACGAGUUGACCUCUGGAACGCCAGUAACUUGAAAUUUGGAGAUGAGUUUCUGGGAGAACUAAGGAUUCCGCUGAAAGUGCUGCGGCAGUCCAGCUCCUAUGAAGCAUGGUACUUCCUGCAGCCCCGAGACAAUGGCAGCAAGAGCCUGAAGCCGGGGGAUCUGGGGUCCCUGCGGUUGAACGUGGUUUACACAGAAGACCAUGUCUUCUCUUCCGACUACUACUGCCCCCUGCGGGACCUUCUGCUGAAGUCUGCAGAUGUGGAGCCCGUUUCAGCGUCUGCAGCCCACAUCCUGGGCGAGGUCUGCAGAGAAAAGCAGGAGGCGGCCAUCCCACUGGUGCGGCUUUUUCUGCACUACGGCAGGGUGGUGCCCUUCAUCAGCGCCAUCGCCAAUGCCGAGGUCCGGAGGACGCAGGACCCCAACACCAUUUUCCGAGGAAACUCGUUGACAUCCAAGUGCAUUGACGAGACGAUGAAGCUGGCGGGGAUGCACUACCUGCACGUCACCCUGAAGCCCACCAUAGAGGAGAUAUGCCAGAGCCAUAAAGCCUGUGAAAUUGACCCUGUGAAGUUAAAAGAUGGUGAAAACCUAGAAAACAACAUGGAGAAUCUGCGGCAGUACGUCGACCGUAUCUUCAACGUCAUCACCAAGUCGGGGGUGAGCUGCCCGACCGUCAUGUGUGACAUUUUCUUUUCUCUUCGGGAGGCGGCUGCCAAGCGCUUCCAAGAUGACCUUGACGUGAGGUACACGGCUGUGAGCAGCUUCAUUUUCCUUAGAUUCUUCGCACCCGCCAUUCUGUCCCCCAACCUCUUCCAGCUCACACCUCACCACACGGACCCACAGACGUCUAGGACGCUGACACUUAUCUCAAAGACUAUUCAAACUCUUGGCAGCUUAUCCAAGUCAAAGUCUGCGAGUUUUAAGGAAUCCUACAUGGCUGCAUUUUAUGAAUUCUUCAAUGAGCAGAAAUAUGCUGACGCAGUAAAAAAUUUUUUAGAUUUGAUCUCGUCCUCGGGGAGAAGAGACCCCAAGAGCGUGGAGCAGCCCAUCCUGCUUAAGGAAGGGUUCAUGAUUAAGAGGGCACAAGGACGAAAACGCUUUGGAAUGAAGAAUUUUAAGAAAAGAUGGUUCCGCCUGACAAACCAUGAAUUUACAUACCAGAAAAGCAAAGGAGACCAGCCCCUCUACAGCAUUCCCAUCGAGAACAUUCUGGCCGUGGAGAGACUGGAAGAGGAAUCCUUCAAGAUGAAGAACAUGUUCCAGGUCAUCCAGCCUGAGCGAGCGCUGUACAUCCAGGCCAGCAACUGUGUGGAGGCCAAGGCCUGGAUCGACAUCCUCACCAAAGUGAGCCAGUGCAACAGGAAGCGCCUCACCGUCUACCACCCCUCUGCCUACCUCAACGGCCACUGGCUGUGCUGCAGGGCUUCCUCGGACGCGGCCCCUGGCUGCUCUCCCUGCACCGGGGAACACCCCAUUGGAGAUAAAAGUUUCCAAAGCUACAUCAGGCAGCAAUCGGAGGUGCUCCCCUUCACACUGACCUCUGGCCCUGUCCCCGGUGCUGCAGAGGCUUGUGGGAGCAGAUCUGUGUACGACGGCCCAGAGCAGGAGGAGUACUCGACGUUCAUCAUUGACGACCCCCAGGAGACCUACAAGACACUGAAGCAGGUCAUCGCUGGAGUUGGGACCUUGGAGCAAGAACAUGCCCAGUACAAAAGGGAUAAGUUCAAGAAGACCAAAUAUGGGAGCCAGUGAGUAUGGCACCCGGUUGCAUGGGAGGUCUCGGCAG